AUGAGUGACAACGAAGAUACAACAACAAAGCCUCCAUCAACAACACUUGGAGCAAUGGGUCUUCUGGCCAAUAAUCCGUUAGUUGCAGGUUCAAGCGAACUACAACAAACAGAGUCCACAACAAAUAUGAAUAAUGAUAUUAGUAAAGAACCAAGUAAUGAUGAUUUUGGUAAUGAAGAUAAUGAAAAAAAAACGAAUGAUCUUCUUAAUGAUUUACAAUCAGAAUCAAUAACACCUGAUGAUAAUAAUGUUCUUUCUGGAAGAGCAAUUACAUCUGGUCGUUUAACUACUGAUCAAGAUAAUAGCUCGACACCGAAUAUAAUUGAUUCAUCAGUCAAUCAUAUUAAUCAAGCUCCGAGACGAUCCAUGAGUGAAUCAGUUCUUAUUGAUCAUCAUAAUCCAAUUGAAAAACCACCACCAUUACCUAUUCAACAAGAUGAAAGUUCAACUGAUGGUGACGAUCUUGGUAGUGUUCAAACAAGAACAAAUGAUACUGGCAAUGAUGAUUCCAUUAAUCAAUAUCGACAAGAUUUAUCAACAGAAGAACAAGAAAAUAAUACAAAUCGUACAUUCGAUAAUGAUUCUUUGCAUUCAAAAACAGAACCUAUUAUUGAUAUUAAACGACCAUCAAGUGCAACGAAACAUGAUAUUCUUGAUGAAACAACCCGUUUUGCUACGACAUCACCUAAACCAUCAACAUCAAGAAUACAAUCUGCAACUAGUAAACGAUCACAAUCAAUUGUUGAGGAUGAAAAACGAGUUACAUUACCUGAUGAAACUAGUUUCAAUACAGGUGGUAAUAAUCAAGAGGUCGCAUCUAUGGUUCGACCUGCAUCACGAGCUAAAUCACAUUCAUCAACAUCUGAUGAUUUACAUAAAACUGUGAUAGAUGUUGAAUCUCAACGACCACAAUCACCAUUUGUUGGUGAACAAGCUCAACCAUCAUCACGAGUAACAAGUCCACAAAUAACAAAAAGUGAUACAAAUAUAUUAACUAUUGAUCAAUCAUCUCCAUUAAAUGAUCAUGACGAGGAACAGAAACAAACGCUCGAACCAUCAACAGCUACAAUAUCAUCAGCGUCAAGACGAGAAAAUACAGAUAAAUUGGAUCAACAACAAUCAUCUCGAUCAUCAAGUGCUAUUAAAUCAAGAGUUAAUGAUAAUUCUGAAGAAUCAUCAACAACGAAAUUAAAUAAUGAUUUCAUAGCAACAAAUGAACAAUCAAAAUUAAUAAAACUUGGCGAACAACUUCAAAUACCAACAAAUGAUAUUGAUAAUGAACAAAUCAAUAGUCCACCACCAUCUCCAUCAGGUAUUAAACAAAUAGUAUCAACAAAUCCUGUCUUAGAAAGUAAUCUUGUUACAACAGAUCAAGAUCGUUCUCGAACACCAAGUGAAACAAAUCGUAAAAGUUUGACAUCAACGUCAAUUAGCAAUGAAAAAGUUAUUGAUGGUGAUGUUGUCUCAUCAAAAAGUCGACGAAGUAGUACUACAAGUCAACAACAACGACAAACGACUGUUACUGAUCAAAAAUCGAAUUUAUCGUCAAGUCGUACAGAAAGUAGUGCAUCUGAACAGCGAGUUUCUAGUAAACGAGGAAGUAUUACUAGCGAACGAAAACCUAUUAGUCGACAAAAUUCAUUGGAUCAACAAAGAAAAACACCAUUGAGCCAAUCAUCUAGUCGAAAAACAAGUUUAAGCGAACAAAAACAAGUUCCUAGUGGUCGAAAAAGUGAACAGCAAUCAGCUACGGGCCGUGAGAAACAAAUAUCUAGUUCUCGUCGUGCAAGUUCUACAAAACCAGAACCAACAAUUACUAAUAAUGAUACCAGAGACAGUCGUCGUUCAUCAACAGAUACUGAUGUUCCUCUUCGAACAUCAGCUAAACAAAAACAAGAACGUAUUUUAUCAACUGAUAAACGACAAUCAUCAUUACGUCAACGUUCUGGACAACAAUCAAUAACAACAGAUCAAACUGUAGUUACUCCAGUAAUAGUGGAUUCAAAACAAUCUCAACAACAAAAUGGAAAACGUGCAUCAAUUACAGAUUCUGAUUAUGAACAGUUAAAUACUUCAAAAUUACCACGAGUUAGUUCAACAUCACAACAAGAUAACUUUCAUCAUUCCGCAGUUAAACAAGCAUCAUCAUCAGAAACAACAACACCUAGAGAAAAUAAUCAAACAUCACAAUGGACUAAAGCUCUUGUUCCACCAAUUCAAGUGACUGAUGAUGAAACUCCAUUAUCAAGACCACAAUCACCAAAUCCUCAACAAAUCGCUGAACAUAAUCGAAUUUCAGCAAAAAAUAAAAAACGAAAUACUAAUGAACAAAAAAAGAAAGAACAAAAUCGAUCAUUACAUCGAAGUAAUAGUGCUGAAUCGUCUAAUUAUAUUCCACUUGUUGAUGAUAAAUCAAUCGAUUCGACAUCGGAUGUUAAUACAGAAUAUGGACAACAAAAACAACGGCGUAUUAAAUCGAAAAAAAGAGAUGUUGAAACUAAUACGGAUCAAAGGAUAGAUUCAAAAAAACAAGAAUCAACUCCUCAAAAACCUUUAAAAGCAACUAAACCAAUAUCGGAUCAUCUUCAAAGCACAAAUCGUCGUUCUACAACAAAAGAACGAACUUCAACAUCAACACCUGAUACAGAACUUGAUUCCAAUAGACCUAUUGUUCCACGUUCAGUUAAAAAAUCCACUAAUGAUAAUGAACCAGUUAACGUUAAUGUAACUGUUCUUGUUAAAAAUUUAACUGAUCAAGAUAAUAAUGAAAUGUCUCAAAAACCACAAAAGAAACAAAACAUAAUUAAAUCAUCAACCGAUUAUGAUCGCCAUACACAAUCGGAUACUGAACAAAUUAUAACUGAAAAACAAAAGAAACGUCGUCGACCUAAACGUAUAUCACGUACAACACAAACAUAUGAAUGUGUUUUUCGACGUAUGGAACGUGAACAACAUGAAGAAUUACGUCCAACAAAUGAUACAGAUAAAAAUAUUCAAACACGAAAAUCACAAUUAUGUCCAAGAUCAAAAUCACCAAGAAAACAUUAUCCAACUUAUAUAUCAACUGAUGCAUUCAAAAUUGAAGAAAUUCUACCAAAACAAUUUCCACAAACUCAACGUAAUGCAUCAAAAACAUCAAUGGUUGCUCGAACUAUUUCACCACAAAAUGGUAAAUUAUUAAUUCUUCGUCCAACACUUCCUUUUCAUCAUACUGAUGCUGUUAAUGUACAACGUGUAUGUCUUCAAUAUGCUAUUGAUUUAAUUCCUAAUGAAAAUAAAUUAAACGAUUCACCAUAUGCGCAACGAAAUAAAUCACACGCUCUUAAACAAUCCGAACAAACAACUAAUUUACCUAUGAUACGUUCAUCAUCACCAGCAACAAAUAUGCCAACAAAUAAAUCAAAUGCUAAAGAUAAACCAACUUCGAAUAGAAUUGAAGAUCGUAUUCAUCAACGUAAAAAUGGUGGUGCUGUUUGA